UUAACCACUGGCACACCGAGCAACGUGCUGCUGACUUCAGACUGGAACAGACGGCGGAAAGUCACAUCAAAGAUGCAGAGGUGCUUUGGAUUUUUUUGCGUGUCGCUCAUCUUUUGCGCAACUCUCUCUGAGACCAUCGGACUGGUCAUUGCGGCAAAAGAGAAACGUGGCUGGACUCUGAACAGUGCUGGCUACCUGUUAGGUCCCCGUCGUAUUGAUCACCUAAUUCAGAUAAAGGAUUCUCCCAGUGCCAGAGGCAGAGACGAGCUGGUCACUCAAUAUGGAAUAGAUGGACACAGGACACUAGGAGACAAGCCGGGUCUGGCUGGCAAGAGGGACAUGGGCCAGGAGGAGGACUUCAGAACAGGUUCCCUCAGAAUAGCAGAUGGAGACAUCAUCCACACUGUCAUUGACUUCCUGUCAUACCUCAAACUUAAAGAGAUGGGAGCCCUGGACAGCCUGCCUUCCUCUGUGACAUCAGAUGAAUUGGCCAGUCCCUAAAGUUUCUGCCUCUCUACAGUUCAUCUCCCUCUACCCAAGUCUAUCUUUCUGCUGUCUGGGCUCCUGCCGCCCUAAAUGUCACCUUAUUGUAGCUCCAUUCACACUGACGCUGAUUUUGUCCUGGUACCAAAGAUCUGAUUCUGUAACUUUUUGUGACAGAGAUCGAUUGUUCCCCAAUAAAAAUAUCACAUCUUUCUGCUCUUGUGUAAAUAAAACUUUACAUCUGCCGAAGUUCAGUCAGUGUCUACUGACUGUAGGUGGAUCUAGGUAAUAGGGACUUCUGUUCAGAAACCAACACUGUAUUAUCAUCUUAAUAUUCUAUCAUCUGAUCUAAGAGAAUGGAGUGAAUAAAUAAACAAAUGGCACUGGACAA